AUGUCCUGGACAGAGCCAGAGCCUAAGAACAUGGGAGAGCAAUGGGAAAUAUUGGGCACUUCAUCAGGCGACUUCAGGUGUAUUUCUAGAGAUUGUCCAGGGGCUGGUAACAAGAAUAGAGAGUCAUCCAUAGCCACAAGACGCAGAACCUCUUCUGGCGAAACGGUCCUGCCUCACCCAGAGGUGGCCGAGGAGGCCGUUGGAGGACCACAAAGCUGCAAGUGGCUUUCCUGGGGCCUGCAGGUAACAGCUGGAGGAGGCUUGGAAGGGCACCCACAUUGGGUCUCACAGGAGUCUGCACCUGCAGGUCACGCUGGCAUUAGCCCCUCAUCCUCUGCAGUUCAUCUCGUCCAGGCGAAGACAGCUAGCUGGCCUCAGAGGGUCUCAUCCGCUGAGCGGUACCUCCUCCCGAUUGAGCACAUCCCUGGUGCCGACUUUUUGCUUGUGUUCACUUUGAGGAUGCAUUGUGGGCCUGCAAGAAAUCUGUUUGAGGCUUUAUUAAAUUCAAAUUCCAGCUGUUAA